GUACAUUUUUACAAACUUCCUUUCACGAUCUCUCGUGAACGUCAAUAGAGACCUCUAAUAUGUGUGAGUUGGUUUUUGUGCGAAUCGAAGGUUUUUUUUCUCCAAACCAUGAGUAUUACAUAAAGUAUCAAACAAGUCACCUUUUGAUCGAGGAUGGCAAGGUCACCAUUUCAUAACAAACAACAACAAUGUGAUCAGAUCGAAUUGAAAUUCCAACUAAAGAAUCAAAAUGUCCAGUGAAUUCCAGGCCGUACAUCUUGUUGAGGAAAACGAUUUUUCAAACCCGCUGAAACGAUCCUACAGGACUUGUGCAGUGGGAGCGUGCCCAUCACCGAACGGAGCCUCGUAUCACAACUUCCCGAAGGAUCCAAAGGUUCAAAAGAGGUGGCUGCUGGCUUGCCAGCGUCAAGGCUCGAUUCCAGCGAAAUAUGGACGAAUUUGCCACCACCAUUUCGCCCCUGAGUGUUUCGAAAGAGAUUUGAAAAACGAAUUGUUGGGCUUGAAACCCAGGAGAUUGCUCAAGCCUGGAUCCGUGCCUACUUUACGCUUGGACAGAAAUCAGCGAUCCCCACAAUGUUUGGAGGAAGACGAGUCUCCGAGGGCGAAACGGGUCAAGAAGAGAGAGGCCAAGGAAAUUGUGAACAAACUUCUCUCUCACUCGAUCAUUCAAGAAGAGGCUCGAAAAGCCACGGUUCAAAUAGAUAAUGAGCUCAAGGAGAAAAAAUCUGUCGGAAUUAGUUGCAAAAUCUUCCACGAAGGACAAGAAGCUCAGCUUUUGAAGGACAAAAUACAAAGUUUGAGAGAAAAAUUACGCACCGCCAAUCUAGAGGUGAAUAGUCUAAAAAAGCAAGUCAAGUAUCUGAAAAGUUCAGGCCAUCGGCGACAAGAUGUGAAAAAAGUCCUCGAGAAAACUCAAACCCCGGCCGAGGUGAAACGCCUUUUGAAUCCCGGCCAGAAACACUGGCGCUAUUCUCAGGAGGACAUGAUCAAAGCUCUAGUUUUAAAGUCUAUGAGUAAUCGGACCUAUGAAUACCUACGAAAAUCAAGAAUGAUCGCGCUGCCCAGUCGCCUUACAGUAGACAGAUGGCUGAAAAAUUCGCACACCACUCCCGGAAUCCAACAUGAUUGCUUGAAGAUUAUGAAAGAGACGUGCUUGACCUUUGAAAACGAACGAGACUCGCUUGCCGUUCUGUCCUUCGAUAAAAUCGAUUUGAAGAAUCGACAUGAAUUUGAUUCCGAAACCGAAACGAUCUACGGUGAGAGGUAUCAGACAGACACAGUGUUACACAUGCAAAUAUUUUCAGAUGACAGUACUCGUCUUGGGCCUGAAGAGGCGCUUGGUCGGGUUCAAAUUUUACUCCUCGGCAAAAACUACGACUUCCUGAUCAAAAAUCCUUAUGGUCGGUUUGAAGGCAACAACGAGGAAACGUACGUGUCUUCCACAGUUUUCAAGGAUUAUAAAGAGCCUCAACAAACAGUGAACUGUUGUUCAAAAUCGCCAGUAUCUUCUUCUGCUAAUGUAGCAACUCCUCCUGGAAGAAAGCGAACAACAACAACAUCACCUACAAGAACGACAACAACCAGAGCAACUCUAUCAAUAUCAGGAGCAACACAAUUAACUGCAGGAAUGACAGCGCCAACAACUGAAAUGACAGCGCCAACAACAGCAAUGACAGCGCCAGCAACAAGAACAAUGGCAUCAAGAACAGGAGCAACAGCAUCAACAACGAGAGUUACAGCAACAACAACAAUAGCAAAUGCAAAUGCAUCUGCAACAACCAGUGAAGAAGACUCUAUCGUUCAAAGUAUUAUCGAAGAUGAGGCUGAUCUCUUUCCAUGGAUUGAAACUUUAGCGUUCCUCUAAUGAUUUUUGUGUGACAGGGCUAAGAUUGUGAGUAAAAGAUUUACUGAGCUUGAACAUA